GCGGCCUCUCCCAGAACUGCAGUAUUGGGUCAAGGCGCUCCAUGUGUUAGCGUUGUCGCCGCUAAAGUUUCAGUCCAGUAUUAUUAGCGCCUUCUGUCGGCCGUGUGUGCAGGAUUGUGUUCGAAUUGGUGCGAGUGUGAUUUACGUUAUAUUGUUGUUAACAGAUGAGGUAUUAGAGCCAAGGAGAGAUGGCCGGAGUCACAGUCACUGGGAUGUCACGCUCGAUGAGGAGCCAGGUCAAGUCAAGGUUCAUCCACUGGUCUCUGUCCACCACAGCGACCAGAGGACAGGCCACCCAGAUCAGCUACAAGGCUGCUCCCAAAGGCGAUGUCGAGUUCAAACCCAUCCGCAGCGUACUUUGUGCUAACAGAGGAGAGAUCGCUAUACGAGUGUUCCGAGCAUGUACGGAGCUGGGUAUCAGAUCGGUGGCCAUAUAUUCCGAGCAGGAUAAGAUGCACAUGCACAGACAGAAGGCUGACGAGUCAUAUCUUGUUGGCAAGGGUCUGCCACCAGUCCAGGCCUAUCUUAACAUUCCAGAAAUCAUUCGAGUCGCUAAGGAGAAUGACGUAGACGCCAUCCAUCCUGGGUUACGGUUUCUUGUUCCGAGCGAUCAGGAUUUUGCCCCAGGCAGUGAUUGGACGCAGGAAUAA